CAGGCCCAGCCCCGGCAGUUGAUCUGGUGGCGCGAGUCCUGGAAAGAGCCAUUAAUCCAGAAGGCUUGAAAGAGAGGCGUGACUGUUGGGUCUGUGGGCAAGAUGGAGUCUCCACAGCCGGUCGUAGACCAUCGGCCCUUCUGCUGUACCCUGAAAUGCUUUGUGAAGAUGCUGCGGUUGGUGGUAACUGUGGUAUCUAUGACCUUUUUCAUCCUGGGACAAGCCCCUGAACCAUAUAUCGUCAUCACUGGGUUUGAAGUCACCAUUAUUUUCUGUUUCCUAGUCUUAUACAUGUGCGGACUUGAGAGUUUCUUUUGGCCUUUGCUUGAUGUUAUCAACUCAAUGGUAACAGCGUUAUGCAUGUUCAUUGUGUCUGUGUUGGCUCUAAUACCAGAAACCUCAACAAAGACAAUCCUUGGAGGGGUGUUUGGUUUCCUGACAGUAACAUGUACUAUUGCUGACUGUGCCCUUAUGUGCCAGAAACUUCGGUUCCGUUCAAGUCAACCUUAUCAGAAAAGGCCUAGGGAUGGUAUAGAUGACAGAGAAUAAUUCUGUACUCAUUUUUACUAGUUAUUAAACUAAUUCUUUAUACAGCCA